AUGCUUACAGUUACUUGGACUUUUCUUCAAGAUCUCAUGGACUCAUUUUUAUACAGUAAUCCUGACACUGUGAUGGAAAUUAUAUAUUCCAAGGAUGGUUCAGUAAAGGAGGUUGCAGCAGUUAUGCAGCUUAAGGGUCAUAAGAGUGCCGUGACCUGGUUAUGCUUUUCACCAAAUUCAGAACAAAUUAUAACAGCAUCCAAGGAUGGUACCAUCAUAAUAUGGAACAUUAACGUGGCACUGAUAUUUCUAUCUGUCUUUGAAGUUCGGUAUCAUCUUUCCGAGGACCCAAAGACUCUAAAGGUGUUCCCAGUACCACUUCAUGACUCGAAGGGGGAAACUUUGCACUAUGAUAGUCUCAGUAUUUCACCUGAUGGAAAAGUAUUGGCUGCCACCCAUGAUUUAAUGCUGCAAUGGCUAUAUGCUGAAACUGGGAAGGUUUUGGACACAGCUGAUAAGGCUCACGAUGGCACUAUCACAGGCAUUGCUUGGGCGCCGAAGAAAAUUCCUAUGGGACCUGAUCGAGGAAUGGUUUUAGGCUUUUAG